GUUUAGCCAGUUUGUGUAAUCAUUUGAAGUUCGAUGUGGGGUUGUUUGUGGGUUAAGAAGUGCAUUUGGAGUUAACGAUGUGUAUUGAUGUCUAUCUACAACAGCUGUAGUGUGUACAGUUAUGGCCAGUGACAGCGACCUCAAUGUUGACCAUCUUAUUACUCGACUUCUAGAAGUGCGCGGUUGUCGACCAGGAAAAACUGUUCAGAUGUCGGAAAAUGAAAUAAGGGCACUCUGUCAUAAAAGCAGGGAAAUCUUUUUGUCACAACCUAUUCUUUUGGAGCUCGAAGCGCCUCUCAAAAUCUGUGGAGAUAUUCACGGACAGUACAAUGACUUGUUACGAUUGUUUGAAUACGGUGGAUUCCCGCCGGAAGCAAAUUAUCUUUUUCUUGGAGACUACGUUGAUCGGGGAAAGCAAAGCUUAGAGACAAUAUGCUUACUAUUGGCGUAUAAGGUGAAAUAUCCCGAAAAUUUCUUCUUGUUACGAGGAAAUCACGAAUGCGCUAGUAUUAAUCGUAUUUAUGGAUUUUAUGAUGAAUGCAAACGUCGCUUUUCGAUAAAGCUAUGGAAAACAUUCACUGAUUGUUUUAAUUGCCUUCCAAUAGCUGCUCUCAUAGAUGAAAAGAUUUUCUGUUGUCAUGGAGGACUUUCCCCUGAUUUACAAAAUAUGGAACAAAUCCGGCGAAUAAUGCGACCAACAGAUGUUCCCGACACUGGUCUUCUUUGUGAUUUGUUGUGGUCUGAUCCGGACAAAGAUGUGCAAGGUUGGGGUGAAAACGACCGAGGAGUAUCUUUUACAUUCGGUCCUGAUGUUGUAGCAAAAUUUUUAAAUCGCCACGAUUUAGAUUUAAUAUGUCGGGCACAUCAGGUAGUAGAAGACGGUUACGAGUUUUUCGCCAAACGACAACUUGUAACAUUAUUUUCGGCUCCAAACUAUUGUGGUGAGUUCGAUAAUGCAGGUGGUAUGAUGAGCGUUGACGAAACAUUGAUGUGCUCUUUCCAGAUCUUGAAGCCAUCUGAAAAAAAGGCCAAAUAUCAAUAUGCUGGACUGAACAGUGGUCGUCCGAUCACAUCACCGCAACGAGCAGCUGGUCCAACAAGUGGUGGAAUUCAAAAAAAGAAGUAGUUGAGGAUGCGACGUAUCAGUGUAUGUCCUUAUCUUCCAUCGUUUUUCCGACUUCACUUUUUCCCAUCAUUUAUUUUCUCCGCCUUGAUAACUUUCGUUUUUAUGAUUAGAAAAUGCACACUGAGCAUUUUCCCAAAAAAAAUUUCUUGGUGAAAGUAUUUCUAGACGGUUCAAUCCAUUAUUUCAUCUCCUAUGCAAAUUAUUCACUUGUCCUUAAAUAAUGAUUUGUAGUCCCAGCUGCUUCAUGACUUUCAUUGCUUUAGCAUAAGUUCUUAUUAAAUCAGAAAUUGUCAAAUCAAAGGGAAGAAAAACUAAACGCUUUUUCUAUCAUGUGAAAAAUAAGGUUAAAACUUCAAAAAUACUAGCAAAUAAACGGCAGACUAGUGAUGCCAUAAAAACUGAUGUGACUUUUGGUUUUGUUUUCUUACCAGUUAUUCAUUUGUACCUCUAUGUUGUAGUGCGUGAUUUCUUACACCGUGAUAGCGUAACAUAUCAUUCAGUAAACUUACUGUAGAAGGCGCAAUAGAUAUAAAAUGGAAAGUGAAGUUUCGAAUCGCGAGCGUCUACACUUUUGAGAAAAAGAAUAACGGGCGAAAACCAGCUGAGUUUUAUAAAACUUUCCGUGAGAAAACAUGUUUUGGAAAAGUGGUUUUCGUCACAGAUUAACAACUUCAGGUAAAAGUUUUCAUGAAGAAUGUUGUUUUAUAUAAUGUCUGCUAAAGAACUGAAACAGUAGAUCGCUUCGUCUUCUGUAGUUCAUAUCUGGAAAAGAUUAUUUCCGUCGCUUCAUCCUGCUACUUCAUUUUCUAGCACUUUUGUUUAUUUUGUGGCUGAGACGAAGCAGUUUUGUCGUUCUCGGUGGAGCAUUAUUUAGAUGUGAAUUAAUGUACUUUUUCUUCGUCAGCCAGGAAGGGAAUAAAGUCUAUUUCGU